UCACAAGUUUGUUAAAACAGACCAACAAUGUCAUUACGCAUACCACAAGUUCAUAGAAGCAUACCAGUACUACAAACUCAUUAAAGCAUACCACAAAUUUCUUAAAGUAGACAAUAGGGGUGUGCAAUGGUCCGGUCCGUACCGGAUCACACCGGACCAAACUGUUGUUAAGACUGGACCAGACCAGACCGAGUAAAAUGCGAUCCGGUCCUUGGUCCUCAUGAAUUUUAUAAUUACUGAAGAAAUGGUGGACCGAGCUCAUAUUUGGACCGGACCGAACAGGACCAAAUGGACCAAAUGCAAGAAUGGUCCGGUCCUUAGUCCUAACAUGUCUUUCACUAAUGGACCGCGGUUCUCAUGAGUUUGGUCCGGUCCGGACCAAACUGAAACGUUGCACACCCCUAGCAGACAACAAGUUUUUUUAAAGCAAAUCACAAGUUUCUUAAAAUAUUCCAAAAAUCUCAUAAAGCAGAUCGCUAGUUUAUUAAAACAUAUUGCAAGUUUCUAUAAGCAUAGUAGAAAACUCAUAAACUUGGAUGAAUUCGAAGUUUAAAAGUUUAGAUAUCAAAAUGUAAGACAUAAAUUUUUUGGUACUGAAAUAUAAUUGUCCAUCAAUUUGGUUAGACCAUCCACAAUGUGAGUGAGUGGGAAAAGUGGGAAAAUAGAGAAAAUGGGGAAAAAUGGAUGUUUUGGUCACAAUGUGAAGGGUCGGAAAAGUGGGUAAUUGGUUUAACACUUUGUUGUUAAAAUCAAUCUACAGUUGAUUUCCUCACUUUAUUUUUAUAUAAUGAUCAUUAUUUUUACGUAGUUAGUGAUAAUUAAUUAAUACGAACAUUUCGAUAUAAUUUUUUUAAUUUGGACAUAAUUUUUUCAUCACUAAUUAAAUAUUAUGUCAUUAAUUUUGUUAGUUGCGAUAAAACCAAUCAAACUACCUCACAAUAAAAGAAAACCAUUAAAACAAAUAAAUUAGAACAAAAAAAACAAAUUAUAUGCGGGUCCGGCAGUGGGCCCCUCCUCCCUCCCUUGCAUCCACCAUUUGUUUGCCCGUGGGUCCCACCCAAUUUUUCCCCUUUCUCCAUUUUUUCCACUUUUUCCACCCACAUUAUGGGUUAUUUUUCCACUUUCUCCCCUAAACCCACCUAUAUUGUGAAGAGUCUUAGGAUCUAUAUGAAAAAAAUAAUUUUAGGUACUAAAUCUUAAUAUCAUUUAAAUUUAAGUAUCAAACUGUAAAUUGCCUAUCAAUUCAAUUUGUACUGUUCUCACCGUCGUCGUGGUCUCUGAAUUCUCCAUGGGUAAGUCUGUGCCUUGUUUCCAAUAUUUCCCAUCUUUGUUUGGAGAAUUCGAUCUGUAAAAAAAGGCAGCUUUUUCUUUUUUUGGUAUGGUCGCUCUGUUUUCCUCUGUUUUGUAUCCAUGGAAACAGAGGCGACGUUUGGGAAAGAAGAUUGAACAGGCUGGUGGGUGGUGGUCUCUGGCCCAAAAGGGUUCUCCCUGAUUCCGUAUCUGACCACCACCACCGCCGUGACCUCCGCCACAGACUGCGAAAUAUCAGAGCAAAAAAGCUCUCCCAUGUCUCACUGAGUACGGCGGCGAGUGGACCCGCCGAUGUCGGGGCUUUUUCCGGACCGAGUUGGGAGAGGUUUAAGCCAAUAGCCACGGCGAGUGGGCGACUCGCUUCGUCACUCGGAUCAGGCAAAAAGGGGAAAGCACAAUCAUCACACCCACAACCCAAAACCCCUCCAAAAGAGAGAAAAAGAUGGAAGGGAAAAAGGGAAAGGGAAAUCAAUUGAUUGCAGGGUUGGCAAUUGAUUGCAAGGUUACUAUUAGUAACUUCCUCCCGCCUCCUCUUCCUUUACUCUCACUGCACAUUCCACCACUCUUCUUCUUACCCUUUCUUCUUCUUUGGGAUUUGAAAUGUCCGAUGUACCUCCGCCGGCGGCCUCGGCCGCCGAGCCGGUGCCAGGAACCCCCGGGAUCAUGGAAAUGAGGUCCGACCAGAGCCUUGGGCUCUGCCCCGGCGGCGGAGCUGGGACGAGGAAAUUCGGUUCAAGAGCCGAGAUCGACACGUCGCCGCCGUUUGGGUCUGUGAAGGAAGCCGUCACUCGUUUUGGCGGCAGCGGUCCCUGGGUUCCCUGUUAUAGAAUUGGGGAAGACUUGGGAGAGGUAGACUUGAAGAAAGUGGAGGAACAAGCUGCAGAGCUAGAGAAGGAUUUGAUAGUCAAGGAGCUGGAGACUCUGGAUGUUCUGGAAGAACUCGGGUCGACGAAGAGGAUUGUUGAGGAUUUGAAGCUGCAGCUGCAGAAAGAAGCACUGAGAUGCAUGGCAGUGUCGGAUGAUGUUCAUCAUUAUAUGUCAAGUCCAGCUGCUGCUGUAAAAGAAAUGGACAGGGAAAAAAGCCAUGCCUUUCAUGUCAACAACAAUCAUGGUCAUCAUUUUUAUCAUGAGCAGCAGAGGUUGAUGGGGGCUCCUUGUUGCCCGUCGUCUCCAGAAGUUAUCUUGAUGGAGCUGAAGCAGGCGAAAUUGAACCUUGGAGUGCUGUCGUUAGAGGAGGAGCUGAAACAGGCAAGGCGCAAGCCGGAUCAUAAUGUGGGGAAUGGGUUUGAUCAAGAGCAGUUAAAGCAGAUGACUGAGGUUUCCAUGAAUGGGCAGCCUAAGGUCGAUCUUAGAACCGCCGAAUUGAGGUUGGUUGCAGCUAGAAAGAUGGAGGAAGCUGCCAAGGCAGCUGAAGCUGUGGCCUUGGCUGAAAUCAAGUGCAUGUCAAACGUCGAGACAAGCCCUUCUUCUGGGUUUAGCAGCCUUCCAGAGCCUGAGAAAACAACCUUGUUCAAGCCAGCUUCUCCUCUGAUACAAAAGAGACUAGAGCCGGCAGUUAAUAAGAUCCCCAAAUAUGAACCUUCCAACACUAAGAUGCAGAUUCUGAAGAAGAUGAGGGAAGCAACAGAGGAAGUGAAAAGAAGCAAGCAGGCAUUGGAAGAUGCACUGAACAAAAUCGAAAUGGCAAACAGGAAGCAAUCUGCUGCAGAGGAGGCCUUUAUGAAGUGGAUUCCGGAGGAUGAUCACGAAGGACUCGGACAGGCUGCAGCAGCAUAUUACAACACCAGGCUCAGCAACAUGCACUUCUUCCAUUCUGAUCCCUGCCAAGAUUCUCCAAUGAGCCAAGUGAAGGACCCGAUUGCGGAAGCUGAGGAACCUAAGCCAGUUCUAAGGUCGACAGUGUCAAUGCGGGACUUUCUAGGCAGGAAGCAGCAAGUGACAACUGAAGAUUAUGCAGCAGCAGCAGCAGCAGCAGCAACAACAAGGGGGAAGCCAGUUGAAGGUGGUGGUCGGCGCAAUGGGAGGCAAAAGGUGGCACUGAGUCAAAUGCUUCAUGAACUAAGGGAUGAUCUGUCGUUUCAUCCGAGGCCUGAGAAACACGAAACUGGUGAUCAGAAGCAGCAGUUCUUCACGCAGAGGAGGAAGUUUGGAUUCAUCCACAUAUCGUUGCCUAUGACGAAACCAAGCAAGAAAAAGGCACAUGAUUUGAACAGCAUGAUGAACUAGAUGGUGGUGAGACUCAUACAUACGGAUAUGGCUUGGUUUCAGCUCUUGGUGUUGGGUUUUUUCUUCAUUUUGGUGUGUGGCAUUUGGAUUGCAGCAGCUUGAUUAAUGAUGGUUUCUUCCCCGGUUUGAUUUCUCAGAUGAUUCUUUAGCUUGUAAAGGGGUCUGGUUUGGUGUUGCUAUUCCCCGUCCUACUAUAGCCUAGGGCGGAUACUACUGUCAUAUUGAUCGAUACUACGACCGAUUACUAUGUUGAUUGGGACUAUAUGAUCGGUCCUAAUUGUCGCGGAUUACAAUAAUCGCACUAGUGUUUGUAUCAUAAUCUCUUGUAUUAAGAAGGGACUGGAGGUGUGAGGUAAGGUCAAUUGGCAGGCAUCGCUCAGAAGCUGCCAUGAAAAAGCAUUCCGAUUAAGGGAAUGCAAUAAUGCAAUUGGUAGGAGUUUUUGCUGUCGUCGGUUGGAUGUGUUGUUGACGUCCCACCAGCUUCCGUCCUCUCUCUCUCAAUCAUCAUGCAUUUGCAUCAUGAUCAAAAGAGAGAGACCCUACCACAUACCCUGCCGGCUCUGUUUCGCGCUUCCGCAACUUUUCAAAGUUAUUCAUAGUCAUUGCGUAUUCAGAAGUUGUGAAGUACUGCAGAAACAUGUACAACAGAUACUGUGGAAGCAACGAAACAAUCAUAUACCGAUUGAGUCAGAAGUCUCACUGCGUUCGUAAGGUUGUCGAUCGACAGCGAAUACAUGGAUCGAUGUCCUGCAGAACAAAGGAAACGUUGGGGAAAGAGCUUCUCAAGAUGGAACUGUUCUUGAAUACACCACCACAAAAAAUUAAGACUUUAGAUCAGGGUGCCAUACAGAUACAGCUCUAUAUAUCUGUAUAUCAUCCACCAGUGCCAUGAGGAUUUGGUUUCUGCUCUUCCAUAGCAGAGGAAGAAUAUGCAGCAGAUAACAUUAGUUGUACUUAGGACUUUGCUACUGUGAUAUGUAUGUCACCGUAACAUGGAUUUUUCGGUCAACCUCAUAUAGGAUUAGGUCGGCUUAAUCUGCUGUUUCAGUUUUGUGAAGUUCAACGGCGCGGUUGACCGUCUAUGGCAAAUGGUCGACCUAUUUGGGAAGCGAACAGAAUGAAAGGUCAACCCAAAUACUUCAUAGGCCGACCAUGUUGCACUUAAUAGGUCGAUCGCAUGCACACCGUAUCUGUAUUGGAUAAGGAUUCCAACACCAAAAAGGUAACGCUAACUUAUCUACCACUUAAUUCGACCAAUUCACGACUUAAAUAUAUAUAAAUACAAAUAUAUGUCACCUUCACCGCCACCGAAACUCUAAAUUAGUUUUUUUUUACUGUUAGAGUCUUUGUGAAGAAGAUCCUUUGCGGUUGCUGUUGUACGUGUUGCAAGAGGUCACCACGUCAAAGGUGAGGUCGACCUAAUGUAGCAUUCGCCGUCAUCUUGUCUAAUGCGUAAUUUCCACUGUUUAAUUUGAUGUAUUGUUGCGUGCAGAAUACCAUUCGGUCGGCCUUUAUCUCAAUCAGGUCGACCUCUGUUUGACAAUUGCUCGAAAUGGAAUUUAGGGCACAACACUCAGACUUUUGUACUUGCGAGGUAAGGAAGAUCAAACCAAUAGGUCGACCUAAUGUUUUUCAAGGUCGACCGUUCCUGUUUGUUUUAGUUGUUCAUCCUGAAUGUCGACUUUGGCUUUGUUUGUAAGACUAUGUUGUGCUUAAAAGGCGGCCGGUCAAUAUGUAUGGUCGACCUAUCUGUUGUUCGUGAUAAUAUUAUACUUGCUUUUGUUGGUAAAUUAGUAUUUUCCUGCUGGAUAGGUCGACCUAGGAAGAGCAAAUGUUGACCUAAAUGGUUCUGGUAGAGACAAAUUAUCUUUAAGGUCGACCUAAUAAUAUGUCAGGUCGACCUCUGUCAGGAUUAAAUCGACCGAAAAGUACAAGUUACGGUGACAUGCCCAUUUUGUAAUGGGAGUUGUUGGGUUUGUUUCAUCCAAACGAUGAUUAAUUUUUUUUUAUUAGUUUUGAUUUUCUGGUCUCUUUGCAAUUAAAAUAGUUUCAGUUUUGACUCAUUAGUCUGGAAAUUCGAUAAGAAAUCGAAAGCCCAAAAUAUAUGUUAACUGCUAUGAGGGAGAUUGCUUAGUUUUCGCCUCCUUCGGUCCGAAACCAAUAAGGAUCUCGUAGAUUUUUUUAGUUAAUCAAAACCGAGUAACCGCUUAUCAGUUUUGGGUUUCGAUUCUAGAGAACUUGGUUUUUUUGAUCUUUCUUACUUAAUGGUUCGAUUUACCAAACCGGCAACCCUAGACCUAGUAGAAUAGUAUUAGUAGAUAAUUAGAUAUAGGCAUAGACGUAUAGUGGAAGAAGAAAUUAGUAGGUUAGAAUUUUUUCCCCCCAUCUUUCUUGUUGUUUUUUUUGCUUUGAAGAGAAUCUAUCAAAGUCCUUUAUACUUAUAGGGUGAACACAUGGUUAUAUAUGUUAGGUACGUGAAGGUAUUUUGGAGAGGCCAUAACUCCUUUGUACUUAUGUGCUUAAUAGACUCCUUUGUACUUAUGGUUCCUGCAGCAUCAACACUCCCGCUCCGCCGGCCGCCGGCGGUCCAUGUGCUUGGUGGUAAAAAUUCUCACGGCCGUAAGAAUCAGACCGUGACUAUCAACAGUCACAACACAAGUACCAUCGUCGAUCUGUAAAUCAAAUACAUAUACCACCUAGCCCGGAAGCUUUCAUUUCUGCAAUCCAUAAAACAAAAGAUAUCGUUGAAUUUUGAGUUUCAGCUGGCGAGCGACGUCGUCCUUCUCGUAUUUCGCCGGCGAAGGGCACUUUUCACUGACCUUACCGCCGGUGGUUAGAGAAGAGGUCGAGAGUGGGCGUUCUGACGCCAACCAGAUUCUUCGCGGUCGCUAGAAGUCAAAUGAAUCCGCGUUACAAUUGUCACCAAUUUUCCAUUUAUUAUUAUUAUUAGGCGCAUGCGGCAGAAUUCACGUGAAGUUAUGUUAUAUAAGUAUAGUUAAUUACUUAAUUACAUGCAUUAGCGGUCGUCGAGAAGACUAUAUUUGACUAAGUCAAAGCAGCCUAGCUUUCAACAUAAUCGCUAUAAACAUUAAUAUAAUGUCAUAUUGCGAGAUCCAAUCGUUGUCUAUGCUCCCGGUUGGAGUACGUGGUAUGUGGAGGAAGGAGUGAUGUUAACACAAAUUAACAAGUGAGUUGGGUCCACGAUCAAUCCAGUCCGACAUGCACGUAAGUCGCUCUCUUUGAACCAAAAACCAUACCAAGAAUAUCGAAAUAAAUAAUAUUGCAGACCAUGAAUCAAACCAAGUAAAUUUUUUUACCAUCUGAAUCAGACCGCGCAAUCGAACGGUUCGAUCCGAUAAUUUUCAAGCGAUUUAGUCUAUUCUCCCAAUCAUAAUGAGAGAACAAAAGAAGAGAUCGUGAAGACGAUCGUAUCCUAAUCACGACAAGAUUCUGAUGCAGGCUUUUAACUAGGAAAAUGACAGAAUUUUGAAAUGAUCAAUGUUAAUUAGUACAGCAAACACAUAGGACAAAGGAACAACAUUUAUCACGUUAGUGUCUCCAAACGUUUUUGCUUGAUCGAUCGAUAGUACUCUUUUAUAUAUACAAUUUUUCCUAUACUCAACCAGUCCAAACGGUCUUAUUCCUCGUGUUUCAUGAAGUUACGAAGGUGUUUUCAACAAACGACCACCUCACUCAUUAUCCUAUGUCCUGAACCAGUUGAUCCCAAUAACUCAAGUUAUUGGGAGCAACUGGUUCUUGACAUGAUAUCAGAGUCUAGAACCGAAAGGUCAUGUGUUCGAAUCUCCACGACCCCCAAUAUUAACAGUUUAUUAAAGUACAAGAUAUGGU